AUGUGCCUUAAUAAUGAGAAUUUGUCUCUAUUUCGGCUGUGCAAUAACAUCACUUUAGCGGCUUCUGAUAUCACUUCGGCCUUCCAUAGUGCGGACACUACAAUUCAUGAAGACCGCUUCGUGAAAUGGAAUGGCAGAAAUCACAAAGGCAGCAUUAUCAAUGUUGAUGGCAGCUGCAUUGGAACUCCUUCCCGUGCUGGUUACGGUGGUGUCAUCCGCAAUAACGCAAGUCUGUUCAUCUCAGGUUUCUCUGGUUUCAUUCCGCACUCAACGGACAUACUGCUGGCAGAGCUAACAGCUAUCUACCAAGGGCUGAAUAUGGCUAUGGACUUGAACAUGAAUGAUUUUAUGUGCUACUCAGAUUCUCUCCUUGCUGUUAAUCUCAUCAUGAAUGAUACACCGAGAUUCCACAUCUACGCUGUUCUUAUUCAAAACAUUAAAGAUUUGCUAGUCGAUCGGAAUUUCUCUCUUCAUCACACCUUAAGAGAGGGAAAUCAAUGUGCAAUUUAUUUUGCUAAAUUGGGUGCCAUUUCAGAUGCUCAGUUUGUUGUCCACCAAUCGCCCCCAACUGACCUCCUUCCUAUGCUUAGAGCUGAUGCGAUGGGCACUUAUUUUGUUAGAAGCUAG